CGGUGUUCAUCCCGGCAGCAUUUGUCGUCUAGCGGUCGAACGGGAAGGGUGUGCUACGUGCGUUCCCGGGCGAGUUUUUCGGAAGGCAAGCAAGCGGUCUCUCGUGCGUGUACACACUGGAGAGUUUUAUGCGCAUCCUUCAGUUGGAGCGGUACGGUUCGAUAGUGCGUGUUGUAUGAAAAAGUGCACAUUAUACUGAGGAGAAGAACCAUACAGUUUUUCCUCUACUCUACUACUUUCUACUACUAGAUUUUUUAUAGUUUUGCACUGGUUCUGUUCUAUGUACACCCUUUCGCUAAUCAGUGUUCUACAACAGUUGGUGUCAUUUACGUGUACAAAAAAAAAAUAAUAAUAAUAAAGUGUUGAAGUAAGCGUACAAAACCAAGCGAUUUGUUUUUUGAGGCCCAAAACAACGCUCCAGCAACAAGCGUUAGUGAUUGAAAUCCACUUUCAUGUGUUCCAAAAAGCAACAGUGUAAAUUCACAGUGACAGGAGCGAAAAACGAGUGUGUGCGUGUGACAGCAUAAUUACAGUGGCUGCUGAGCUUCUGCUUGCUAUCGAUUCACCGGUAAAGCCCAAACAGCAGUAGCCAACAAUCACAUCAACGUGUGGUUAACGUCGAAGCGACCCGAGUUGUGGGUUUCGCCAAUUUUAUCUACACUAAAAAUACAUCGAUAACAUUAGGAGACAAACAAAACUGAGCACCGCGGCUAGGAAAAAGGUCCGGAGUUGGUCGAAACAAAACCCGAACCUCAACGACGAAGCCGGAAUGAAGUGAAGCUCUGGCUGCCUGCGCGUGGAGUAAGAAGAUUGCUGAUUAACUGGCACAACAAAACGGCGGAACGUGGUCGUCGUCCUGAUUCGCGUCUCCCGGGAAGGACACAAUCCUGUCACACAGCUCCAGCCCCCGCCCAGCUCUGUAAUAUGUGGUUUUGCGUUGCUUCAAUGUAAAGUGUAGGGGUUCUGUGUCCGGUGGCAAGUUUGCAAAUGUAAUUUGUAUCAGAUUUUCCAGCCAGGCAAGUGCGGAAGUGCGUGUAGCAGGCUUUCAUUUGCCGGGUGUGUAUUGGUGUUUGUGGGGUUAAAAUGUGUGUUGUGUCUCACAAUGGCAUGAAGGAAAGGUGCUCAUGCUAAGGUGCUGUGAUUGUGUGUUGUUCACCUCUGUGUAAGUGUAUUUGUGUGCUACCCCCUCCUCAGUGUGCAUGCGUGAAUGUGGAUGAGGGGCAGUAUAAAGGGAAAGGAAGAAGCCGUUGUAGUAGGGAAGAAGUGGAAGCAGUAGUGGUGUGCGCCAGGGGUUGAAGAAAGCCCACCCCGCGCCGCCGCUGCCGCCGCAUUGCACCCGGGGCACUAGCACCACCGGGCAGAGCGGGAAGGAGGGGAGUGUGUAGUGGUGGCGUUACAUGUGGGAAAUGUUAGAUCCCGACCUAGAGUGUGGCAAUGAGUGUGGUGGGCCGGGGCCGCCCCCCGAGUUUCUCGUGCCACCGCCACCCCGGCCCCCGUUUCUGGCGGAGCUGGUCAACUGCAACGAGGAGCAGCUGCUGCUGCAGCAGACGACGGCACCGUUCGGUGGUGGAGCCGGCGGGGCCGCCGGUUCCUUCGCCGAGGUCGACAUGUGCGAGGCGUUUCCGAUCAUCGACGCCAGCUACCACAGUGGUCCAUCAUUCCAAACCUCCGCCAUGAUAGUGCUGUGCUCGGGGCUACUGUUGUUAGUCAUAUUUAUUUCAUCGUUACUAGUGUGGAAACACAAACGAAAAGUUCAAAACUUCCUGCCAUGCAAGACGCCAACCCGCGGACCGCCCCAUCUCGAUGCGACAGGUGUACCGACCGGGCAUUCGGUGACGUACGAAGACCCGGACGUACACUUGGGCCACCAUCCGCUCGUUAUGCGGCACCAUCAUCAUCAUCACCAUCAUCAUAACAUGGAGCUGCACGCGAAGCAGAUCCACUAUCCGAGCGGAUAUCCGAUGCCACGGUCGCCACCAUUGUUCAUCUGCUCGUCGCCCGGCCCCGAUCCGUACCGGUCGCACGACAACGUGUACGAGGAGCUGGAGCAUGGGCCGGGCCGGGACACGGACUCGGAGCCGCCGAUCCAGUCGGACGACGACUUUGCCGAGGACGAGCUCAGCUUGCCGGGCGACCGGUCCUUCCACAAGUCGCCGUCGGACGGUGGCACCACGGUCGCUACCAUCUACCACGACCGGAGCAACGGGGGCGGCAGCAGCAACAGUGCGGUCACGACCGCUUCCGCCUCGACCAUGCCCGUUACGGACGGCGGUGGCGGCGGUGGCGGAUGUUGUGCUGCGGGUGUAGAGGGGAGUGUUGGUGGACCACCAGCACCAGCAACGGCGGCGGGUUCGGGCCCAUCGUCCGCCUACCUGGAGCGGAACCGCACCGAGCGCAACUCGCUCCUGUCGUCCUCGUCCUCGUCCGGGAAUGACAAUACACAUCCGCUGGCACACCACCACCACCACCACCGGGGCGGAACGGCGGCCGUGCCACCGUCUUCGUCCGCCGGCGGCCUCAACGGAGUUGGCAAUAGCAACAACAACAACAAUAAUGGAAGCAGCGGUGGUGGCAACAGCAGCGGCAGCAGCAGCGCGAGCAACAGCAACCGCAACUCCAACUCCAGCACGGAUUGUGGGAACAACAACAACAACAACAAUAACAAUAACAAUAAUAGUAACAUCAGCGGCAGUUCCAGCCUGCCCAACGGAACCGGCGGCACCACGCACUGCAAUGGUGUUGGUGGUGUGUUGGGAUUGUUCCGGUCGCGCAAGCACCACCCGGCGGCGACGCUGGGCAGCUCCGGACGGAGGCAGGCGGCGCCGGCAUUCAACAGCUGCUCGCUGGACGGGGGACCGCUCGGGGAGCCGGUCGUACUGCCGCCAAUGUACGACGAUCGGGGCAUGAUGACGUUACCGCCGCCCGCCUACGCCCAUACGCUCACGACGACGACGACGGGGACCGGGGGUCACCAUCAUCACCAUCCGCUGCACCACCAUCCGCACCACCAUCACCUGAACAGUGUCAAUAACAACUCGCUCGGCAAUCAGCACCAUCAUCGGUCGAACUACUACAGCACGAUCGACGACGAUGGUGGCGGGCCAGCGUCGGAACCGCUCGAUCCGGUCGAGCGGCGGAAUCGCAUCAACGCGCAGCUGUCGGCGUCGGCCGGCGGCGUCUCCACCAUCUUCCGCAAUGGGCACCGGACGCCGGGAACCACUGUAGGCGCACCGAUCGGCGGGUAUGGCAGUGGCCGCUCGCGAACGAAUCCACGCCGGCACGGCCGAAAUGGUAACAGCGGGAGCCAACAGCAGCAACCGCUGGCCGUGAUAUCGGCACCGUCGCAGGACCCGUCGCAGUACAUCUACCACGAGCCCGUCUUCCACGAGGGCCUCAUCUACGAUGGGUGCCUGUCGCACACGUACAGCGAUCGGAGCGGGGGCAGCGGCAGCACCGGCACCGGCAGUACCGGCGGCGGCGUUGCCUACCACCAUCCCUACAUUCUGCCCCAGUUUACCACCUUCCGGAAUGGUGGUGGCGGUGGUGUUGGUGGUGGAAGUGUAGCGGGAGUACCACCUUCAUCGCAUCCGGCCGGUACCAACGGUGGCCAUUCGAUCUACUCGCGCGAUUCCAGCUUCGGGUCGGACUCGGGCUACAGUCAGCACACGCAAACGUCCAACCGGAGUGUGGCCGGCUGGAGCCAUCGGCGGCCGGCUGGCGGACAGUCGGGGACCGGCACCGUCGCCAACCCGAAGGUAGCGGCGACAGCAACCGAGCAGCAGCAGCAGCAGCAGCCACCGCAAUCAACGAUGGUGGUCGAUUCUUGAGAGAAAGCUACCGUACUACCCGGACGACCGUUCAUAUCCAGUAUUGUAUACGGCAAGAUACUGCUCUGAGGUGUGCGGACAAGUCAAACUUGGCUAAAACACGGCGGGGAGCGCCUGUACACAUGCACACACAAAUAGAAACAGAGGCAGAGGCGUUGCUUCUGAGUGUCUGAGUAGAACCGAUGGAGGGGGUGGUCGAAGCGGAUGUGUUGCUAGAGCAGUAGUAGACAGAAGAAGGCAAGAAGAAAAAAACCAAGAAUGUGAUUUUAAUUUUAGUAUCAAUCUCUCUUAAUGCCGCCCUCUUUAUUGGACGGUGUUUUGUAGUGGUAGUAGUAGUGGUAGUAGUAGCAGUAGUAGUUGUAGUCAGGAGAAGAAUUAAUAGCUUGUAAAGAAGGAGAGGUUAGUGAGUGAUAGACGCUUCGUUUGUGUACAGUUUUCAAUGAGCAAACAGGCUCGUUCAGAGAGAGGGUGCAUGAGAAACCCAGGGAAAAGUAGACAACCUGGAAUAGUGGGAGAAGACCUGUUCUCACAUGUCCGGAUGCUGCCCUGUCAAAGUUACUAGAUAUUUGUAAUUUGCAACAAUUGUGUACAGAUACGGGAAGUACUCGUGUGCGUGAGUGUCGUUUGUGUGAGUGAGUGGACUUGUAUGUGUGUGUGUGUGCGAUAGGUACUUAAAAAUGGCAGUCAAAAUGAGAGCUUUUCUUACACAUAAUCGUAUCUUAUAAACAGAAGAAACACACACACACAAAUGUCAUCGCUCGCAUGAGACGCACACACCGCGCACAGAAGUGAACCCCCCUUUUUGUGUCAGAAAGAGAGAGAGAGCACAGUCCACGUAUCCUAACUGAGAGAGAGAGAGAGAGCGAAAAAGCAGGCCGACGGCGAGAAGUUAAAGGCAGCAUUUAGUAGCAGUAGUAGUAGCAGCAGCAGCGAAGUGACUAGGGAAAGGAAGGAGCUUUUGUUUGUGUGGUUGUUGUUGCACAUACACCACGUGUCAUGUACAUAUACGUCUUACUAAACACUCCCUCCUUCCCUCCCUUUUCAGACAAAACCCUCCUAGUCUUAGAAAAGCGGCAGCCGGCGUGGGAAUGUAAAGCAAUUCCCACGUGUAUUGAGAGCAUUUUGUUUCGCGUUUUUAAUGUCUGCUGAUCACAUGGUCAGAUCAGAUCAGAUUGUAAAGCACGGGGGCCGUAGGGCAGAGAAUUAGGCAGAACAUUCGGUGUUCGGUUUCGGUGAGUUUACUCUUGUGGUUGUAAUUUGUACGUAAUUACGCAAAAUGGCGCCCGGGUGCCCAGGGUGGUUGUCCCCUCCUUCCCCCUUCCCCGCGUCCGUUGUUGUUGUUGUGGGCCGAUAGAUCCUUACCGAUCGGAAGCGGGAUCGAUCUGCUGCUCCAUACUGCGUCUGUUUCUUCUUACUUAAGCGUGUAUUUUUUAUGCAAUUUUAGCAUUUUUUUCUAUUAAAAGCAGCUUUUCUUUGCGGGUUGCAUACUUUGAGGCGCUUACACUGUGAUGAUGAUUGUACAUUCGCUUGCAUUUCUGUUUUUUUUUUCGUGCUUUGCGUGUCAGGUGCUCGUGUGCUACACUACAUUUCUGUAGCAUCAUUACGUUGGAUUACGUGGUUGGACUUGGACUUUAUUUUUUGUAUUUGUUUCCAUCUGGUGUUUUGGACUGAUGGAAACCCCAUCGCUUGCGUUUCAUCUAGUGGUUACCCCCCUGUUUUCAAUGCGCAAUUCCAACUUGCAGCCGCUGUGUUGGUUGCGUGACAACGAAGCCAUCCUCCUUGAAUGGAGAUGGUCACAGCGAAAUAAUGAUGCAUUGGGUUGUUGUCAUUUUUUACACGUACACCUCUUUCUAAUUGCUGCCAGCAUGAUGAUGAUGGCGUACUUGAUGACUGGUUUUGUGUUUUAAGCCACGCCUUUUAACCAUUUUCUGGAGAUGCUUGCCUGUAUCCCAACAUUUUCAGUUCAAUGUGUGGAUUUUAAAAUGGAUUUUGUGUGUGUGUGUUUUUUUUUUAACUACACAGCACCUGAAUUUGAGUGGAAAGUAAGAAGAAACGCAGAAAUGGACAACUCUACCCUACAACUGGGACGCGGGAUCGCGGGUAAAUUGUAAAAUGGCGCCGACACAUAAUGAAACUAUGAUAGAAUAAAACCCUGUGUAAAUACUCUUGUACAGUGCGGCUAGAACGUAAUAAUAAAAUAAAAAAUAAAAACAAAAGUCAACAAGAAUACAAGCUAAACACUGAAUGAAUGAAGACAAAAUGCAAACUCCUGCAACCGUUUAUAUGUGUAUGUAUAUAUUUUGUUUAAUUGUUCGCUCUGUUCGUUUGGACCGAUUUGGCAACUCUUUGUUUCUCUUGCGCGUGUUUCCUUUUCAAUCGGUAAUGGAAAUAUUUGUAUUGUUUUCGUUCAAGUUUUUCACUUUUUAUUGUUUUUUCCCUCGUUCGUUUUGUUUAGUUAUGCUUUAUAAUCCUUGCAGAAGAGUUUUUUUUUUCUUUCAAGAACCAGAAACCUCUUAACCGUUUUUUUAAUCAACCAACUCUCUGUACCUGUUCCUAUUCAUCACACACUUCCCUCUACCACUAAGAUGAGCAGGAAGGAAUUAGCGAAAGCAUAGUAAGUGAAAAAAAAAACAUAACAACAAGACUAAAGGAAACGACCUUUCUUUCCUCUCCGACCUUAGCUCUCCCUUCCCCCUGUUCUUCCCUCAGUAGAAAUUACACCGUGUAGUGUUGUCACGAAAUCGUCGUGAUUGAGUGUUUUGCGAAACAGUGAACAAAAAUCACUACGACCUAGCAAGCGAACAGAUGAAGCAAACACAAUAUGGUUAAAUAGAAUGUGUACAUGAAAUUACUGACAGCAAACCACUCACAGCAAGACAACACAGGGAAUACAAAAUAUGUGUGUAGAAGAAGCCAGUGAGCAGAGUGGGUAAAACUGAAACUGGUAAAGUAGUGGAAAUUCAACAACGUUGGUAAAGAACUGUGCAACACACAAGCAAAGAGAAAGAUUACCAUAUCAUUUUAGCAUGUAGCAAAAGGGAAGUUAAACAGGGGAAGGAAGAAAACAAAACACGAGAAAAACGAAGAGUUUCCUGAUUCGAAAGCAAUCCUAAUGCCAAACAAAAAGAGGUAAUAAAGUAACAAAACAACAUAGAGCAAAAGAUAGAAAGAAAGAGAGAGAGAGAGAGAGAGAAAGAGAGAGAGAGAGAGAGAUGCAGGAAUUAUAUCAAAACCAAAUGAACUGAAACAGAGAAAGAGAGAAAAUAAACGUUUGAAAGAUAAGUAAGAAGGAACAGCAGGUCGAUUACGUGUACAUAGUGAGGUGUAAAAGUGAACAAAAAAAACAUAAAGCAAAAGUGAAACAAUCGAACGCUAAUCAUUCGGGGAAGGGCGAUAGUUUUCUUCAAAUAUUGCAAACUCUCUAAAGAAGAGGGACUCGCUAAUCGCAAACAAAAUACCACAACAAAAACCACAACCCACAACUACUACAAGCCAGCCCUAUCAAUCUUUUCGCUCGCGUCCCUCUCUAUCUAUCAUCGAUCUGUUUUUUCCCCCCUGAAAACCAAACAAACUCCUCCCAUUAAAAGAAAAAAAACUAACAAAGACAUCUUACAAUGGAAAAAAGCAUAAAGCGAAAAAGUAAAGUAAAGUAAGUAAAAAAAAAACGGUCGUGAAAAACAAACAAAAACCCUAUCAGUGUAGAAAAAACAGAAACAAACAACAAACGAACAAACGAACAAACUCUAGUGGAAAACAAUUAAUAAAAUUGAUAAAAUGCAAAUGAAAUAACAUAAAACGAA